AUGUUGGACCCGUCUUCCAGCGAGGAGGAAGGAGAUGAGAUCCUGGAGGUGGAGCGCAAAGAGGUGGCGGCCCCGAAGAGCCUCGGAGGAGCCCGGCUGUCACCGGGCCGAGCCUCCGACGGCAACGGCAGCGCAGGGCUGCAGCCCAGGGGCCGAGGGAGCGGCGGUGGCCGACCCUCCAGCCCCAGCCCCUCGGUGGGCAGCGACAAAGAAAAAGAGGACCUGGAGAAGAUGCAGAGAGAGGAGGAGGAGAGGAAAAAGAGACUCCAGCUGUAUGUGUUUGUGAUGCGCUGCAUCGCGUAUCCGUUCAACGCAAAGCAACCCACUGAUAUGGCCAGGAGGCAGCAGAAGAUCAGUAAGCAGCAGCUGCAGACAGUCAAAGAGCGUUUCCAGGCGUUCCUCAGCGGAGACACCCAGAUCGUGGCUGAUGAGGCCUUCAUCAACGCUGUCCAGAGCUACUAUGAGGUCUUCCUGAAAAGUGACCGCGUGUCCCGGAUGGUGCAGAGCGGCGGCUGCUCGGCCAGUGACUCUCGGGAGGUUUUUAAGAAGCACAUAGAGAAGCGGGUGCGCAGCCUGCCUGAGAUUGACGGCCUGAGCAAAGAGACAGUGCUGAGCUCCUGGAUUGCCAAAUUUGACACCAUCUACCGAGGCGAAGAGGACCCCAGGAAGCACCAGCAGAGAAUGACGGCCAGCGCCGCCUCCGAGCUCAUCCUCAGCAAGGACCAGCUGUACGAGAUGUUCCAGCAGAUCCUGGGCAUCAAGAAGUUUGAGCACCAGCUCCUCUAUAACGCCUGUCAGCUGGACAACCCUGAUGAGCAGGCAGCGCAGAUCAGGAGAGAGCUGGAUGGACGACUGCAGAUGGCAGAUCAGAUAGCUCGGCACGGUGGAAGGUUUCCAAGGUUUGCAUCCAGAGAGAUGGAGGCCAUGUACAUUGAGGAGCUGCGGUCCUCUGUCAACCUGCUGAUGGCCAACCUGGAGAGCAUGCCGGUGUCCAAGGGAGGAGAGUUCAAGCUGCAGAAGCUGAAGCGCGGACACAACACCUCCAUCAUGGACAUGGGCCAGGAGGACGAGAACACGCUGUCCAAAUCUGACGUGGUGCUCUCCUUCACACUGGAGGUGGUGAUCAUGGAAGUCCAGGGUCUGAAGUCACUGGCCCCAAACAGGAUUGUUUACUGCACCAUGGAGGUGGAAGGAGGACAUAAACUGCAGACAGACCAGGCCGAGGCCUCCAAGCCCACUUGGGGCACCCAGGGUGAUUUCACCACCACCCAGCCGUUACCUGCAGUGAAGGUGAAGCUGUUCACUGAGAGCACAGGGGUGUUGGCUCUGGAAGAUAAGGAGCUGGGGAAGGUCGUGCUCCACCCAACGCCCAACAGUCCCAAACAGUCUGAGCUCCACAAGAUGACCGUGUCUAAAGGCUGUCCGGACAAUGACCUCAGAAUCAAACUGGCCAUUCGCAUGGACAAGCCACAGAACAUGAAGCAUUGUGGAUACCUUUGGGCCAUUGGUAAAAACGUGUGGAAAAGAUGGAAGAAAAGAUUCUUUGUGCUGGUUCAGGUGAGCCAGUACACCUUUGCCAUGUGCAGCUACAGAGAGAAGAAAGCCGAGCCGGUGGAGCUCCUCCAACUGGACGGCUACACUGUGGACUACACUGACCCCCAGCCAGGUUUAGACGGCGGUCGGACAUUCUUCAACGCAGUAAAAGAGGGUGACACUGUGAUCUUUGCCAGUGAUGACGAGCAGGACCGGAUCCUGUGGGUGCAGGCCAUGUACCGAGCUACCGGCCAGUCACACAAGCCAGUUCCUCCCACCCAGGUCCAGAAACUCAACUCGAGGGGGGGCACAGCACCACAGCUGGACGCACCCAUAUCUCAGUUCUAUGCGGAUCGAGCCCAGAAGCACGGCAUGGAUGAGUUCAUUUCAGCCAACCCCUGUAACUUUGACCAUGGCUCUUUGUUUGAGCUGGUUCAGCGCCUCACUCUGGACCACAGACUUAAUGACUCCUACUCCUGCCUGGGCUGGUUCAGUCCUGGUCAGGUGUUUGUCUUAGACGAGUACUGCGCCCGCUAUGGCGUUCGAGGCUGCCAUCGGCAUUUAUGUUACCUGAGCGACCUGCUGGAGAGGGCGGAAAACGGAGCCAUGAUUGACCCCACCCUGCUGCACUACAGCUUCGCCUUCUGUGCCUCCCACGUUCAUGGAAACAGGCCUGAUGGUAUCGGCACAGUGACCGUGGAAGAGAAAGAACGCUUUGAGGAGAUCAAGGAGAGACUACGGGUGCUACUGGAGAACCAGAUUACACACUUUAGGUACUGCUUUCCUUUUGGACGGCCAGAGGGAGCACUAAAAGCAACUCUGUCCUUGCUUGAAAGAGUUCUGAUGAAAGAUAUUGUUACCCCUGUUCCACAAGAGGAAGUCAAGACUGUGAUCCGUAAGUGUCUGGAGCAGGCGGCUCUGGUCAACUACCAACGCCUGUCAGAGUACGCCAAACUGGAAGAGAAUGUAGGGCGGUUAAUCACCCCGGCUAAAAAACUGGAGGACACAAUUCGCCUGGCAGAGUUGGUGAUUGAGGUGCUUCAGCAGAACGAGGAACACCAUGCUGAGGGAAAAGAGGCCUUUGCGUGGUGGUCGGACCUGAUGGUGGAGCACGCCGAGACCUUCCUGUGUCUCUACUCAGCUGACAUGGACGCAGCUCUUGAAGUGCAGCCGCCCGACAGCUGGGACAGUUUCCCCCUCUUCCAACUGCUCAACGACUUCCUGAGAAUGGACUAUAACAUGUGCAAUGGGAAGUUUCACAAACACCUGCAGGACCUGUACGCCCCCCUAGUGGUGCGAUACGUGGACCUUAUGGAGUCCUCCAUCGCCCAGUCCAUUCACAGAGGCUUUGAAAGGGAAUCCUGGGAACCUGUCAAGAGUAUAACGAACACUCUGCCCAAUGUCAACCUCCAAAUGCCCAAAGUACAAAAUCUAACAGUGCCAAGUGUUAACCUCCCACAAAUGCCCAGCUUUUCUCCACCUGACUGGAUGACAGCUAAUAAUGACUCAGACAAUGGCUCGGGGACAUCAGAGGAUCUCUUCUGGAAGCUAGAUGCUCUGCAGACCUUCAUCAGAGAUCUCCACUGGCCCGAGGAGGAGUUUGGAAAACAUCUGGAGACCCGACUGAAGCUGAUGUCCAGUGACAUGAUUGAAUCAUGUGUAAAACGGACACGGGCAGCGUUUGAGGCCAAGCUUCAGAAGAGUAGCCGGGCCACAGACUUCCGCGUGCCACAGUCCAUCUGCACCAUGUUCAACGUCAUGGUGGAUGCCAAGGCCCAGUCUGCCAAGCUGUGUGCCAUGGACCUGGGACAGGAGUUUGGUAGAGACUGGAGACAGUACCAUUCUCAAAUUGACAACCUCAUUGAAGAGACGGUGAAGGAGAUGAUAACUCUGCUAGUAGCUAAGUUUAUGGUCAUCCUAGAGAGUGUUUUAGCCAAGCUCUCCAGAUAUGACGAGGGAACGCUCUUCUCAUCCUUCCUAUCUUUCACAGUGAAAGCUGCCUCAAAGUAUGUGGACGUACCUAAGCCGGGGAUGGACGUUGCAGAUGGUUACGUGACGUUUGUUCGUCAUUCCCAGGACAUGUUGCGGGAGAAGGUCAACGAGGAGGUGUACAUAGAGAGAUUAUUUGAUCAAUGGUACACCAGCACUAUGAACCUUCUGGGAACAUGGCUGACUGACCGGAUGGACCUGCAGCUCCACGUUUAUCAGCUGAAGAUUCUCAUCAGGAUUGUCAAGAAAAAGUACCGUGACUUCCGCCUUCAAGGGGUGCUGGACUCCACAUUAAACAGUAAGAUGUACGAGACAGUGAGAAACCGGCUGACCUUGGAAGAAGCCACUGCCUCUGUGAGGGAAGGAGGGAUGCAAGGCAUCUCCAUGAAGGACAGUGAUGAAGAGGACAACGAUAACUAG